AACACUUCUCCGAAAGGGGGAAGCCAAGGCGACCAGAGCAGUCAACAGGAGCUUCUUCGGGCUCUCCCUGCGCACCCGAGCGCCUCGGCCUGUCCUCGCCCCCAUCUCCAGGCCCAGCUCGGCGGGAGCCCCGUGCGCUCCAAUCCAUCCUCGCGGCGCGAUGCUGACCAUUUAGGAUCCAAAGCUUCCCUCUCUCUUCGCUCCGUGCGCUUCCUUUCUUUCCAAAAGAAAAAGAGGAGAGGGGAAUCCCGGUGUUGGGCAGCCCGGCACGCACACACCCGCUCUUAGCCCCCGACAAAAGCUGAAGAUGCACUUUGACUUCUGACAGCUCUACCUCAAGCCGGAGAGAACUCGGAGGCGCUUUCUCCUGCAACCCGAGCUCGCCGCGUCGUCCGUCCGCGUCCUUCUCCGACUCCCUUCUUAUUUAUUUCCGUCCCUGCCCUCCACCUUCCUCGGUGACCUUCACUACUCCGCGAGCUCCGAGCCAAGAGUCUCCCUCGCCCGUCUGCGACUCCUUCAUCCCGUAGCUCCGGGAGCUGCAGCGGAGCCGCUGUGACCCGGAGCCCUGGGACUUUCCCCGGCUGCACGCACCCUCCUCCGAAGGCGCCCCCAGCCUUCCCCCCAUCACCUCUCCCUUCUUUCCCCCACUUUGAUUUCCCGGUGCCGGGUUUUGGCUUGCACUACGGAGUGUGUCUCCUUUGAUUUUUCUUGAGGGGCCGGGAAGCUUGUUGUCAGUCGUCUUUGCGAGAGCUUUCUCCGCUCUCUACCUGCUCUUCUCUCUCCGGGCCUCACCCGACCAAACAAACCAAAGACCAUGGUGCACUGUGCCGGCUGCAAAAGGCCCAUCCUGGACCGCUUCCUCUUGAAUGUGCUGGACAGGGCCUGGCAUGUCAAGUGUGUGCAGUGCUGUGAAUGUAAAUGCAACCUGACCGAGAAGUGCUUCUCCCGGGAAGGCAAGCUCUACUGCAAGAACGACUUUUUUCGGUGUUUCGGUACCAAAUGCGCCGGCUGUGCGCAAGGCAUCUCCCCUAGCGAUCUGGUCCGGAGAGCUCGAAGCAAAGUGUUUCACCUAAACUGCUUCACCUGUAUGAUGUGCAACAAGCAACUCUCCACCGGCGAGGAACUGUACAUCAUCGACGAGAACAAGUUCGUCUGCAAAGAGGAUUACCUAAGCAACAGCAGCGUCGCCAAAGAGAACAGCCUCCACUCGGCCACCACGGGCAGUGACCCCAGUUUGUCUCCGGACUCCCAAGACCCGUCUCAGGACGAUGCCAAGGACUCAGAGAGCGCCAACGUGUCGGACAAGGAAGGGGGCAGCAAUGAGAACGACGACCAAAACCUGGGCGCGAAGCGAAGGGGUCCGCGCACCACCAUCAAAGCCAAACAACUGGAGACGCUCAAAGCCGCCUUCGCCGCGACGCCCAAACCCACGCGCCACAUCCGUGAGCAGCUGGCUCAGGAGACCGGCCUCAACAUGCGCGUCAUCCAGGUCUGGUUCCAGAAUCGCCGCUCCAAGGAGCGCAGGAUGAAGCAGCUGAGCGCGUUAGGUGCCAGGCGUCACGCCUUCUUCCGCAGCCCGCGCCGGAUGCGGCCCUUGGUGGACCGCCUGGAGCCGGGCGAGCUCAUCCCCAACGGGCCCUUCUCCUUCUACGGAGAUUACCAGAGCGAAUACUACGGUCCGGGGGGCAACUACGAUUUCUUCCCGCAAGGACCCCCGUCCUCGCAGGCCCAGACCCCGGUGGAUCUGCCCUUCGUGCCGUCGUCCGGCCCUUCGGGGACCCCGCUGGGCGGCCUGGAGCACCCGCUGCCCGGCCACCAUCCGUCGAGCGACGCGCAGCGGUUCACCGACAUUCUGGCUCAUCCCCCGGGGGACUCGCCCAGCCCCGAGCCCAGCCUGCCCGGGCCGCUGCACUCCAUGUCGGCCGAGGUCUUCGGGCCCAGCCCUCCCUUCUCUUCGCUGUCAGUCAACGGCGGGGCGAGCUACGGGAACCACCUGUCCCACCCGCCUGAAAUGAACGAGGCAGCGGUCUGGUAGCGGGGUCUCCCCCGGCGCGCCCACCCACCCAGUGCGCUCUUGUACAGAAAUAAGCCUUUUAUUUAAGGAAAAGAAAAGAUAAAGAAAAAAAAAACACUUAAAAAAACAAGUCAUCCCCCACCACCAACCACCUCCGCCAGCCGUCCGGGACCAUUUUCCAAAGUGGGGAGACCGGAUGGGAAAAGGGGGGCACGACACACAGGAUCCAAAUCUGCCUGGAGGUAGGACUGGCUGGCAGGGUGCAGAACUGAGGCUCCUUAAAGGAAAGGCGGACUUCUUCCCCUGCUCCUUCCCCACACCGGGACCCGGAUCCGAGGACACUCGCCCCGGGCGUGCUCUCCCUCCCGGCCGGGCUAGGAGCCACCGACACUCACUCCCAGCAAGAUUCUGGGGCGCACGGUCCUUGUCCCCGGCGGGAGCUGCGGGGAGGGAGGCGGAAGAGAGAGGCGCUGUCAGCCCAGGGCGUCCCGGGCUCUCCCGGGCCUGCCUGCCUGCAGGGUCUGGCUCUGGGAAAUCUCAUUAAUGUGAGCUCAGUAGCCGCAGCAACAAACUCUCAUAGCUUCAGACACGCCGACCUGCUGUGGAUCAGGUGGGACUAUAUAUAUAUAUUUUUUUUUGUUGUUGUUGUCUGGUUUUGGUUUGGUUUUUCUGUUUUUUGCCAAAAUUGCAAAAUUCUAAAUGUCAAGCCCUCAAUAUCAACUCUUCUACCUUCACAAAGCUCGAUCAAACAUACAGAUAACACACACAGACAUGCUCUGUAGGUCGGUCUCCAAGCCAGACCGCUCAGUAAAAAUGACUUGAACAUCAGCUGUACAAGGAAAGUAUUCUACCUUCACACACAAAAAGUUUAAAAAAAAAAAAAGACUAUUGAACUAAAAACAGUCAACUGUUUACGUAUAAUGUUAAAUUCAGGAGUUCAGUGUUUUACUAAUAUAUCCUGUUUGAAACCUCUUGUUCAAAAGCAAAAUGUUUUGAGCAAUCAACCAAAAUUGUUCAUUUUCUUUUCCUGUAGAUGUUCUGACAGAUUUGCAGGGCUCACAGCUCACUGUGCUAGUAUGUGAAAAAGUGUUGUUUACACAAGGCAAAGAGAAAACAUGAUAUUCAGACACUUGCCAAAUAGAAUAAUUAUAGCACAAAUACUGUAAAGGUGCCUGGCACCACAACUUGAGAAAGUGUUAAAAAAUUUAAGAAGUGUUACAAGGUUAAAGAAAACAUCUUUGCUAAUUUUUAGUCCUGUUGAACAUUCAUGGAAUUGUUAAUAUGACUUAUAUAGACCCACACAGGUUUUAUUUUUAUGUCUUUAAAAUAAAAGUCCAAAAUAUUUAAAUUUUAUGGUCAAAUAUGCAGUCAACAGCUGCUACUUUUUUCUUUAUAUAUUAAAUUUCUCAUAUGUCUUUUAUUGUUCUGAUAAACCUAAGCUUGUGUGACCUCCAGUGCAUAUUAGACCAUUCACUGUAUGAAAGAAAACAUGUUGAAUCAAUUUGUGCGUUUUUAAUAAAAAUAGAAAAUCUGA